AUGCGGUCUCUCGUUUUUGUUGGCGUUUGCCUGCCGCUCAUUUCGGGAUCGCCAGUUGACAUCCCUCGCUCUGAUCUAUCCCCUCGUCUUGUCACCAGCAUUGAGCAGGCCUCCUGUGGCGUGGUUGGUUACAAGCCAGACCAGAUUCCUACAAGAAACCUGAAAUGUCGUUUGGUUGAUUGUCAGGAGCUUUGCUCUGCCACUGCUGGCUGUCAGAGCUAUGCCCAGAGCAGCGCCAGAUGUCUUCUGUUCUCUUCCCCUGUUACUGAAGGAUUCCAACAAGACUCAGCAUCUCCAUUUACCUAUUACGAUAUUGACUGCUCUACGCCCAUGACUUCAAGUACUGAAACUCUGCCCGAAGCCACUGACAGCGUUACUACCGAGUUGUUCACAUCGGGUACAGAGGUUACUGUAACUUCAAACCCGCUGCCCUCGUCUACAACAGCUACCUUUAUUACAGAAAUCAGCACAGAAUUAGCCUCUGCAUCGAUUUCAGCCCCCAGUGGGACGAUUUCCACGACAACAACUGACCUCACAACAGAUCCAGAGAGCGCGAGUGCUUCGGUGUCCAGCGAUAUUACCUCAACAGCAAUCACGCUCAGCUCAAAUACCGAAACAACCACUACGGGAGAUGUAACAACCGUGGCUGCAGGCGAACCUACCACAGCCACCUCAAGCACACCUACUGUCUAUAUCAUCCGUCUGGUGAAUCCAGACGAGUCUACCUUUGGUUAUGUAUCCACUGCCCCAGGCCACAAUCGUUUAUCUGGCCCCAAAGAGGAAGCAUUGGAGAUUCGGAUAUCUGCACCUGAGCCAGGUGCCACUUCUCAAUUGGAUUUCGUCCAUGCUGAGACCUUCGGUGGCUUCACACGCUUAUGUGCCGUUCAGAGUACCCAUAAUGCAAAUGCCGACUUGGGACCAGACUCGUCUUUCUACAACUACCUUUCUACAUGUACUCCUAGUCCUCCCGGUAGCCCUCCAGCCUAUUUUUACCACGCUUGGACGAACCGGGCUGAACUUCAUCGAUAUAAGUUGGCAGCUGAAUCAGCUAUUUGGAUCGUUAACCUGAAACUCUAG